AUGUUUCCCUCGAUAGACUAUCGCGCUCAGCCCCUCGCGCCAACUUUCGGCAGCCCCACCGCUCGAGCAAACUUCUGCGAACAGGAUUUUGUCAUCGUCAGCUGGAUCGCUGAAUUCGUCAAUACGUGUAGCAAUGCCGCUUACAUUCUGUAUGCGAUUCGUGCGCUUCGACGCAUGCCCACGAGCGCACCGUUCGCAGCAAAGAGCAUCUACUAUGGUUUAGCACUUGUUGGUAUCUGCUCGAGCUUGUUUCAUGGCUUGUUAAAGUACCACGCUCAAAUGGCCGAUGAUACGUCCAUGAUCAUCGCGACAUCGAUUGUCUUACACCGCGCAAUGACAUAUCAGCGCAGUGACUCCUACAGUCGCUGGUUCGGUGGUCUACUUGUUCUCGCCGCGAUCACAGAGACAGCAUACCACACCAUCAAAGACGAGCAAAUAGUCCACGAACUGAGCUUCGUGGUCCUCAUCAUCGUGGUCGCGAGCAAAACCAGAUCUCUAAUCAAGCUUCGCGUGCACAACCCACUAGACAAGCAAAUGCUGCAAAAUGCAACCAUUUUCGGUGCAGGUUGUUUCGCAUUUGGCUACCUACUCUGGCAACUCGAUUUUAUCUCCUGCCCACAGCUGACAGCGCUCAAACGCAAAGUAGGCAUUCCUUGGGGUUUUCUGUUUGAGUUGCAUGGAUGGUGGCAUAUACUGACGGCUAUUGGUGCUCAUACUUUUAUGAUCAUGGUUGAUGGGCUUACGAGUGAUGAAGUUGAGUUCUCACACGAUGCGUUUGGGUGGUUUGUGAAAAGUAAUGCGAUGCGCGCUGGAAAGGUAGACUGA